AUGGCUACUCAGGGGGUCUCUCCCCUCUCCUCUGCUCUCCAAUUUUCUCCUGUUCGCUCCACCUCCAGUCAGCAGCAUCUCAAAGGUCAUCGUGUCGUCUGGUGCCCAAAGACGCCACGUCGAUACAUUCAAGCCGCUCGACGCACACAAGACCCCUCAAAACGACGACCUCGACUAUCACAACGUUGUCACCAGCCACCCGUCGAAUGCCAGGUCAUCGUUUCGGCUGACCCCCAAAGGCGCCACGUCAACACAAGCACCCUUGCCGCACACAAGACCCCUCAAUACCACAACCACGACCAUAACCAACCGCGUUCGCUGGUGAAGAUGCACAACAACAUUGUUCGGCUUCUUGAAUGCCAGGCCAUCGUGUCGUCUGGUGCCCAAAGUGAUGCGUCAGUGUAG